CCUAUUUCUGGAAACUCAGCGUCACAUCCUGUUUUUGCUCUGCAGCAACAACGUGGAUCCAGUUUGAGUUCACCGGUGUGUAGUAACAGUGUUAUGUGGGACCUGAGUCUCAUUCACUCUCUACAAUGCAGAUAUCCAGUGUGAAUGAUGUGAAGAUUUAUAAUUUAAGUCAUGGAAAGGCUCUUCCGGAGUGGCUGUCAGAUCGGAAGAAGAGACAGCUACAGAAGAAAGAUGUUGACAUCCAGCGCAGGAUUGAGCUCAUCCAGGACUUUGAGAUGCCCACAGUGUGCACCUCAAUCAGAGUGUCCCGGGAUGGCCAGUACAUCCUGGCAGCAGGCACUUACAAACCCAGGAUACGCUGCUAUGACACCUACCAGUUGUCCCUGAAGUUUGAGCGUUGUCUGGAUUCAGAUGUUGUGGCUUUUGACAUCCUGUCAGACGACUACUCUAAGUUGGUGUUUUUGCACAGUGACCGAUACGUCGAGUUCCACUCGCAGCACGGACACUACUACAAGACACGCAUCCCAAAGUUUGGACGCGACUUCUCUUACCACUAUCCCUCCUGUGAUCUGUUUCUCGUGGGGGCCAGUUCAGAGGUGUUCAGACUGAAUCUGGAGCAAGGACGUUUCCUCAACUCACUUCAGACGGAUGCUGCGGAGAACAAUGUGUGUGACAUCAAUCCGGUCCAUCAUUUGCUUGCCACAGGAACCUCUGAGGGAAGGGUGGAGUGCUGGGACCCUCGUGUCCGCAGCAGAGUGGGCACGCUGGACUGCGCCCUGAGCAGCAUCGCUGAGGGAACAGAAGUUCAAAGUUUGCCGUCAAUAAGUGCUCUGAAGUUUAACGGCUCCCUCACCUUGGCAGUGGGUACCAGCACGGGACAGGUGCUGCUCUACGACCUGCGCUCCAAUCAGCCGCUGCUGGUUAAAGACCACUUCUACAACCUGCCGAUCAAGUCCCUCAACUUUCACGGCCCGCUGGACCUGGUUCUGUCUGCCGACUCCAAGAUUAUAAAGAUCUGGAACAAAGACACUGGCAAAGUGUUCUCCUCCAUACAGCCUCAGACCAACAUCAACGAUGUUUGCAUGUACCCUGAUUCAGGUAUGCUCUUCACUGCCAAUGAAGACCCAAAGAUGAGCACAUUCUACAUCCCGGCUCUGGGCCCUGCACCACGAUGGUGCUCCUUCCUCGACAACCUGACCGAGGAGCUGGAGGAGAGCCCCGAGAGCACCGUGUACGACGACUACAAGUUCGUCACCCGCAAGGACCUGGAGAAUCUGGGUUUGUCUCACCUGGUGGGAUCAUCUCUCCUGAGAGCCUACAUGCACGGCUACUUCAUGGACAUCAGGCUUUAUCACAAGGUUAAAACAAUGGCCAAUCCGUUUGCAUAUGAGGAGUAUCGCAAGGAUAAGAUCCGCCAGAAGAUUGAGGAGACGAGGACCCAGAGGGUGCAGGUUAAGACGCUGCCCAAGGUGAACAAGGAGCUGGCUCUUAAGCUGAUGGAGGAGGGCGAUGAUGAACUAGAGAUGGUUGUGAGGAAAAAGAAGGGCAAGGCUCUCCCCAGCCUCCUUGGAGACAACCGCUUCAAGGUGAUGUUCGAAAACCCCGACUACCAGGUUGACGAGCAGAGUGAAGACUUCCGCCUCCUCAACCCCAUCGUCUCCAAGGUCGAACAGAAGAGGAAGAAGAAGCUGCGGCUGCUCGCUAAGCAGGCUGCUGCUUCCCAACAGGCAGCCGAAGAUGAGGAAGAGCCCGAGGGUAGAGCCUCCUCAGAGGAAAGCUCGGACGACGAUAAGAGCUGGGUGGAGGAGGUGCGGGAGCAGCGCAGGUUGCUGCGGCAGGAGGACCGAGACCGCCGGCGGCAGGGGAGGAAGGAAGCGGACCGCGACACUGUUCUGCUGGAGGGAGAUCAGAGCAGAAAAGAGAAGACCUCGGCCGAGAGCAAGAAGACAAGUCAGCCGCAGUUUUAUCAGAUCAAAGCCGGGGAGGAGUUCAGAAGUUUUAAUGACAUGGCACGCAAGCAGAAACUGCAGAAGGCUUCACUGGAGGACCGUUUGAAGCUGGAGGAGAACUCUGGAAUCAGCAACAUGACCGACACAGCAGUGGGCAGCAAACAGCUGACCUUCACUCUCAAAAAGUCGGAGCAGCAGAAGAAGCAGCAGCAGGCGGAGUGGGAGCACCAUGAGGAGAGGAAGAAGCUGAGGCGCUCGGCGGGACACCUGAGCAGCAGUCGAGGGAGGGGCUGGGGUGUCGGCAGGGGCAGAGGAAGAGGAGGAGGAAGAGGAGGAGGAGGAAGAGGAGGAGGAGGAGGAGGAGGAAGAGGAGGAAGAGGAGGAGGAGGAGGAGGAGGAGGAAGAGGAGGAGGAAGAGGAGGGAGAGGCCGGUACUGAGGAAGGCAACCUUUAUCAUUAGGAGAGUCCUCAGCUGACAUUAAGGUUUUGUGUUGUCUUCCAUCAACUUGAUUAAAGCAGAUACCGUAAGAAAAGCAGACUUUAUUUUUAGCUGCUGAGACAUCAUGAAGAGACGUGCUGCACAGGUGCCAGAGGCUGACAGUGAUGAGCAGCUAGGCCUGGACCCUGCACCUGGGGGGUCUGGACCACAUGUUCAGCUGCUCUCUUCUCAUUCAGAGCAUAUUUAAAAAAAGAUAACCGGUGUCGUACGUUUUCAUAUCCAGAGUUGAAGAACAGGUUGGUGAUGUAUGUAAAAAGAAAGGUAGUAUUUUUUAAUGCUCUUUGUCAUAAGUGUGUACACCUCUUGUACUUGAUAUUAUAUUUGGUACAACACUU